ACUUCAGAGAAGGACUGCAGAAUCAGAAGUGAGUGGAGCUUGUUGUUUAGCCCUCCUUACUGGUACUGCAGCUGCUGCAACUAAUUGUGCUAAAAGGUGAUGGAUUGAAGACAUCCAGACCGAAAUCAAACGUCAGUUAUCCAGAACCGACUGCUGCUCAACCACUCAGGGGACACUUCAGAAGAGGGACAGCCAUGGCAACUGUGUCUUUCACGCUGGCUGUGUGGCUUCUGCAGCUGACCAUAAUACAAGGUGCUGCCAACUCAACAGCAGGGUGUGGUCAUCCAAUAAACUCUCCACGAAUUGUUGGUGGCCAACCAGCCUCAAAUGGGUCGUGGCCCUGGCAGGUCAGCAUUUUACAGAACUUUUAUCCUAUUUGUGGAGGCUCCCUCAUAGCCGAGCAAUGGGUUCUCUCAGCAGCUCACUGCUUCUUCAACAGAAUGGGGUCCAUGUUCCAAUACAAUGUCCUCCUAGGUGCCUAUCAGCUCUCAAACCUCUCAGAUAAUGCAGUGAUAUCUGACGUGCAGCAGAUUAUCCUCCACCCUGACUACAAUGGCUUGAGUGGAUCCACUGGAGAUAUUGCUUUAAUUAAGCUGAAGUCCCCUGUGAAGUUCACCAACUACAUCCUCCCCAUCUGCCUGCCAGAGUCCUCUACACAGUUCCCUUUGAACGAAUACUGCUGGGUGACCGGAUGGGGAGAUAUUCGAUCUGACGUGCCUUUGCCAGAUCCACGAACCCUCCAGGAAGUCAAGGUGCCACUCAUAAUUCGAGAAAUCUGCAAUAUUCUCUAUAACAGUCGCCCGGUGCUAGGCCUGGGCAGGGAUCCUGUCAAGCAGGAUAUGAUCUGUGCUGGUUACCCAGAAGGUGGGAAAGAUUCCUGCCAGGGUGACUCUGGAGGACCUUUGGUUUGCCAGCUUGAAGGAGUUUGGACCCAGGCUGGGGUUGUAAGUUGGGGAGUUGGCUGUGGUGGAAGCGACCACCCUGGUGUCUACACUCUAGUGCCUUUCUAUGCCAACUGGAUCCAAGACAAGAUGAGUGGUAGAAAUGGGAGUGGCGGCAAAAGCGACCAACUACACAACACCCGUGUUGUGACAUUCACUUUGGUAUCUCUUCUGCUAGCCCUUCUACAGCUAUUUUGCCUGCUGCGUCUGCUGCAGAAUAAUGGGAAGGAGAACUUGAGCUCUGUUUGGGCCGUCAAUUGUGCAGGAGGCCUGGAGGGCGGGGAGGGAGGGUGCCCCCUGCACCAGAACGUCCUUGCACCUGCCGGCGUCACAGGGCAGGUAGAGUUUCAACAGGGACGGCCGUGCCCAAUCACAGCAUCUCACUGUGGAAUGUUUGCCGCAGGAGCUCUGCCAGAAAGCUCGGCCACACCGGCAUUAGGACUGGGGAGCUGGGAGAUCGCAGGACCGAAACUGAAGCAAAACAGCUUUCCCCAGGAACUGGUUGGAGCAGAACUAUCUCGAGGACCCGGCAAAAGAAGGACCACUGAAGCAAGCAGACAAAGGGGGGAGCCGAUGGCAGUUGUGCCCUCCUCCCUGCUGCUGGGGCUGCUGCAACUGAUGGUGCUGAAAGAUGCUGCUGGCUCCGAAGCAGUCUGUGGACAGUCUGUGAUAUCUCCACGUAUUGUGGGAGGGAAUCCAGCCCCCGAGGGCGCAUGGCCGUGGCAAGUCAGCUUUAUGGAGAACAACAAGCCUAUAUGUGGAGGCUCCCUCAUCAACGAGAAGUGGGUGGUGUCUGCAGCUCACUGCUUCACUAAGGGUUAUGAACAGUAUGAUGUGCUGCUGGGGGCCUAUCAACUCUCAAUCCCCCCUUCCAGCCUUGUGGUAACUACUGUGCAACAGGUUAUUUCUCACCCGAAUUAUAACAACAUUGAUGGCUCUCCUGGGGAUAUUGCUUUAGUGGAGUUGAAGGCCCCACUGGAUUUGAACGACUACAUCCUCCCGGUCUGUCUGCCAGACUCUUCUGCACAGUUCUCUAUGGACACAUCCUGCUGGGUCACAGGCUGGGGGCAGGUUAAAGACGGAGAGGCCUUGCCACCCCCACAAACGCUUCAGGAACUGGAGGUGCCCCUCAUUGACCAAGACACAUGCAACUCUCUCUUCAACAGUGCCCCAGCGCCAGACCUGCCUCAGAAUCCUGUCCUAGAUGAUAUGAUCUGCGCUGGUUACCCAGAAGGCGGGAAGGAUGCCUGUCAUGGUGACUCUGGAGGACCCUUGGUUUGCAGGUGUGAUGCGGGUUGGACCCUGGCUGGGGUUGUGAGUUGGGGAGAGGGCUGUGCCGAACCCAAGCACCCUGGUGUCUACACCUUAGUGCCUUACUAUGCCAACUGGAUCUCCGACAACGUACCCAACAUAAGCUUUGUGGCGUGCAACCAUGCUGGAUGGCACAGUGCCCCCAUUAUGACACUCUUCCUUGCAACUCUUGCUCUGGCCCUCCCUUGAGGUGCCAUCUCUCUGUUGGCCCGCAACCCAGAUGGUACUGCUAACUGGACUCUGUUAAGAAAUAUCCAAAGGACUGUGUGAAGUAGGGUAGAGUUUCUGGGAAUCUUCUCCCACUUCUGUCAAAUUAAUUGGGGCACAUCUGCGUUACCCAUUUUUAAAGAAAAAAUAAACUCUUUGAUAGUG